GCCAGUUCACUGCAGUCAGUGUUUGUUAAAGUCUCGGCUGAGCUGGUGUGGUGGGUCAUAGCAAACAUCCAGUUAGCUAUUGAAGUCUUCCGUGCUACCAGCCUCGUCUUCUUCAGGCAGCCGUCAGCUGGACACGUGGUGACUGCGAGCUGGCGAUGAAGAUGACUAAACGACCAAACAUCCUGUUAACAGGAACCCCAGGUGUAGGAAAGACAACUUUAGGAAAGGAGCUGGCCCAGCGGACAGGGCUGACCUAUGUUAACAUAGGUGACCUCGCUCGGGAAGGAGAACUUUUUGAUGGCUAUGAUGAAGAGUACCAGUGCCCAAUCUUGGAUGAGGACAGGGUGGUGGACGAGUUGGAUGAGAAGAUGGUAGAUGGUGGUAUGAUUAUUGACUAUCAUGGCUGUGACCUGUUCCCUGAACGCUGGUUCCACAUUGUCUUUGUCCUCCGCACGGACAACACCCAGCUGUACACACGACUAGAAAGCAGGGGCUACACAGGGAAGAAACUGCAGGAUAAUGUACAGUGUGAAAUCUUCCAGACCAUCCUCGAGGAGGCCAUGGAGGCCUACAGAGAGGAGAUUGUCCACCAGCUCCCCAGCAAUAGUCCUGAGGACCUGGAACAUAACCUGGAGCAGAUAGCGCAGUGGACUGAGCAAUGGAUGAAGGACCAUAACUAGAUCCUGGACUCCUGUAGCAGGACUGUCGCAUAGAAAUUCGGACAACUGAAGAUGAUUCCUCAGUCUUUUUCAACCUGCUUAUAUUGCCAUAGAUUUUGCCACCAUGAAGAUUGAUUCAAUGAUGAUUUCUUCACUUGGCUGUUUUUCUUUUGGUUCUGCUCACUCUGAAAUGGUUGGACUCUUAAGUAGUUGAAAGGCAUAGAACACAGUAGCAAGCACUAGAAGCUUCUGGCAUCAGCCUAAAACAUGCAUAUCUUUCAGGGUAAAACAUUUUAUUUUUUAUUAGUGCAACUAGUAUCAAGUCAAAUCAAUCAUGUACUCAUGUACUGCUGCAUUCAUGUGAUUUAAAAAAAACAACAAAAAAAAACUGGGAAACAGCAUUUUCCCAAGGUAUUACAUCUCCUUUCAACAGUGUUGACAACAUGUUAAGUACCAGUAAUAACAACA